AUGAAACAAUCAUUAGUUGAAUUAAAUGAUUUACCAGAUGAAAUUCUAAUAAUGAUUUUGAGAAAUUUACCAACGUAUGAAGCAAUCUAUACUUUUAUUGGUCUCAAUAAACGAUUCAAUAGACUUGUACAUGAUUCAACUUUUACAAAUCGUUUAACAUUAAUGACAUAUAAGUGGGAGCACUUUAUUGGUGCAUUACCUGAUCGAAUGCUUGAUCAAUUUUGCAUACAAAUCUUACCCAAAGUUCAUCAUAAAAUUCAAUGGCUUGAGCUUGAAUCAUCAUCUAUGAAUCGUGUACUUCUUGCUACCGAUUAUCCCAAUUUAUAUGGACUUAGUUUAUAUAAUCUUAAUACAAAACAAGCUAAACAACUGUUUUCUGGUAGAAAACUUUUAAAUCAUAAUAUAAAAAAUCAAAUUUCAUCACUUGUAAUUGAUACUGAUGAAGAUAACACACAUUUAACAAAAGAUAUCAGUAAACAAAUUUGUACAUAUAUUUUUACUACAUUCAUCAAUUUAAAAUAUUUAAAUCUUUUUCCAUCAGUAUCUCGUUGUCCUUCAUUAUCGUUUAACAUUUCAUCUCCAACUGUUUUCUCGUCAAAUUUAUUAGAAUUGUAUAUUAAUUUGAUUAAUUUCACUGAUUGUUUUCAUAUACUUGAUGGACGUUUCAAUCAACUUCGUACAUUACAUGUUAAGGUGCCUAUUAUAUGGUAUUCGGAUUUAGUUAUCAAAAAUAAUGAAAAUCUGACUAAUUUAAAAUGUUUCUCGUUAUACUGCAGUUCCAUUUAUAGUUAUAAUGGAUUAAUUGUGCCACUACUAUGUCGAAUGUCAAAUUUGGAAAAACUUGGUUUGUAUUUUUGUAAAGCGCGUGAAGUAAGAUUUAUUGAUGGAAAUAGUUUGAAAAAAAUUACUAAACAUAUGUCACAACUAAACAAAUUCAUGUUUAAUAUUCGUUCAUUAAUUUAUUUUAAUGAAAAAAUGAAUUUACUAUCAAAUGAAGAUAUUCAAUAUACAUUUAGAGAUUUUAAAAUUAAUGAUAUUAUUUGUUGUGUUGAUUAUUUUUUCAAAGAAUUCGAAGGUCAAUGUCUCAUUUAUUCAAAUCCAUAUACAUGGAAAGAUUACAAUAAUAUAACAAAUAAUUUUCCAGGUGGAUUAUUUCAAAAUGUUCGUCGAAUAUCAUUAUUUGAUGAACAUCCAUUUGAACAUGAAUUUUUUCUUAAAAUUGCUCAAUCAUUUCCGUUUUUAAAUCAAUUCGAUUUAACGAAUCAUCAACAACAAAAGAAUAAACGACGUAGAAUACCAAAGAAUUUUCUAACCGUCAAAUUUCCUCAUCUUACUCAACUUUCUCUUAAUAAAGUUCAUGAUGAUUAUGUUCAACAAUUUUUAAUCGAUACGAAAACCUGUUUACCAAACAAAGUUGUACUUCGUAUGGAUUAUGAACAACUCAAGAAAGUGACAUACAAUUUUAGAAGAGAUACAACACGAACAAAUUGUUCAAAAAUACAAUAUUUUCUUAGGGAUAAUGUUCGUCGAAUUCCAAAACAUUUCAAAGACUAUUUUCUUUAUACAAAUGUUUCUAAUUCAAUAAAAAAAUAGUUUUUUUGAAUUACUUGUAUUUAACUAUAGAAAAAAAUGAUUUUUGUAUAUACUUGAGGAUGUAUGGGCAUUGUUUUUUGAAUAUGUUUAUUACGUCUUCGACAGUCCACAUCCUCAAGUAUUCGCGAUCAUAGAUUUGAUGUUUGUUUCACCACAACACCGACAAAUGUAGAUAUGUCUAGAGGGCUGCAGGGUACGCUAUUUUGACAACCUGUAACCUGCCCU